AUGAGUCUCAACCUGAGACAGUUUGAGAAUGAGGAGCAGGCCUUUGUCCUCUUCGACGACUGUGAUGCUGCUCCAACAACGCAGUUCGAUGUGCACUACCACGACAUCAACUACGCACCAUCGAUGAACACCUUCAAGCUGAAGCCACCCACAUCCAAGGUUUAUGCUGGAAAGGGCCGGGCCACAGAAAUCGCUGCUGCGAUGGGUGCUCAGGUUGAAACUUUCAGCCGUGAAACUGGCUGGGACUUUGACAUUGCCAGUCAUCGUCUUUGGUUUCUACAACGCCUUGAGUCCGAAUGUCCGGACGAAGUUCUUUUGACACCAACUUGUGGACCAUGGAGCCCUAUGCAGAACUUGAAUGCCCGAGAUCCAGGACAACAGGCACAACUUCUUGAAAAACGUGAGUGGCAUCAUGGAACUCACUUGGCUUUUGUGCGAAAGGUCUAUGAGACACAAAUCAAGAAUGGUGGACAUGCCGACGUUGAACAACCUGCUCCAGCUCUCAGCUGGAAAACAAGAGCCUUCUCAAGUUUUCCUGGGAUGUCGUUGUUUGGAUCAAGAUGGUCACUGGAAACCUGUCGGCAAACCACUACUUUCCUCACGACCAAGAUGGCCUUGUACCAACAAUUUCAAUUUCGAUGCGAUGGCAGCCAUGAGCAUUGCCCUCUUGAAGGACAUGCCAAAGGGUUCGGCAUGCGAACCAAGUAUCUGGAGAAAUAUCAGCCUGCCUUUGCCACCGUCUUGGCUGCUGCACUUUUGGCCACUGAGGUUCCGACGAUCAUGGACUUUGUCGGCGCUGUUGCCGAAGAUCGUCAACACCCUGGCGAGCUGAUCAAGUUGCUGGCCGAGAACCGUCAAGAUGCUGUGAGAAGGGUCCAACGCCUUCACCGCAACCUUGGUCAUCCAUCUGCGUCCAAGCUGGUGGAACUUGUGGAAGCUCGCGGAGCCUCAAAGACAGUGAUCGAUGUACCACAAGCCCAAUCGGCAUCUCCUGCAGCUAUGCCGACCGCCUCAACUUUCAACCAAGUUGUCCAGGCCGAUGUGAUGUGGUUCAAGAUCCUCGACAAGAAGUACCCAGUGCUGCAUGUCAUCGAUGUGGCCACCAAGUACCAGGUCUUGGAAGAUGCCAGUCAUGAGCAAUGUGGUCCGUUGGCGGAUGUGCCAAGACCCAAAACGAUGGCCGGAGGAGUGGGCUGCGCAGACCAUGCAGGAUCAACUUCAUCAUAUGGCACCUUUGAUCGCCGCGGCCAGACCAAUGUGUGGAUCGAUUCCAAGGGGUUCAAUGCCAAUGGAAAGGGUGGCAUGGUCUUGGAAAAGCUCAGCUACAUCGACUUGUCGGCAGAGAGAUGCCGUCUCUGGACUCAUCCAGAUUAG